AUAUUAGGCAAAUCUAUACUAAAAACAUUUUUUUUUGUUGUGUUUAUUGAAAGUGAAGUAAUUCUUUCUGCGCGAUUUCGCUUGUAUUCUUCUUGUGGUGUUCAAAUUUCAAGGUUUACUUUUGGUAGCCGCGUCCGCCAUCACCAACGCAGAGACUAACUCGAAAACGCCGGGGUUUAUUUCUGUCAGAAAAAACCGCAUUCGGAUACAUAUUUAUAUUGCAGAGCUCGCUUUUUUAAUACAAAAUGUCGGAGGAAAAGAAGGCCGAGACUGAGCACAUUAACUUAAAGGUUUUGGGCCAGGACAACGCUGUUGUCCAGUUCAAGAUCAAGAAGCACACUCCCUUGCGCAAGCUUAUGAACGCCUAUUGCGACCGUGCAGGAUUGUCAAUGCAAGUAGUUCGUUUCCGAUUUGAUGGGCAGCCAAUCAAUGAGAACGACACUCCUACAUCACUGGAGAUGGAAGAAGGAGACACAAUUGAAGUUUAUCAGCAGCAAACUGGUGGCGACAUGGGAAAUUCGUCUCAGAAUGCCUGACUCUCUAAACAUAAACAUUUAAGAAUUUAAAACCAUAUUUAAUUGCAACUAUACCAAUGCGUCGUAAAAUAAUUCAGAUUUAGUGCUGCCUUCUAAAAUGUAGCAAGUGGGUAACGGUAAAUUAUCGUGAAUUCUAAAUUAACAAGCAAGUUGGUCAGUCCAUUAAAAAUUUUUAUUUCAAUAAAUCACAAAUUUAUAAAGUCCAUGUAACAACUUCACAUUAAAUAUAAAUAUGUUCUAAAUGUACAAACAGUAAUUAAACAUCUGUAUUAACAUAAAGUCAA